CUGGGGCCGGCCCCGUCGCGCCUUUCUUUUCUUUCUUUUUUUCUGUCUGUCUUUUUCUACCGCUCGGAGGUUGGGGCGAAGUCCCGCAGCCUGCCGGAACCGGGUUGGGCUGCCAGCGCGCCUCUGCGCCGCGGCCCUGAGCUUUGCUUUAGCGGUUCUGUCUAAGGGUAUGCUGUGAGCAGGGUAAAAGGCGGCGGUCAGAAGCUUGCCCUGCAGGGCUUAGGAGCGACCUGGGGUUUUGUUUGUGUAAUGUUUUAGCAGUUCAGGGAAUAAAAUGAAAACAACUUUUUUUCUUCAGAAAUGCGUAUGAGCUAUAUAUCCUCAGCAGAGAAAUAUUUGCGAAAAGCAACAACAACAAAAAAGACAGUUGAAAGUUACCAUUUUUGCAAUUGAGGAAUAGAUGUAGUGAUUUGGAAAGGGCUUAAGAUUUGUGCUAGCUCAUCACCUUUCUCAUGAUUUCUUGAAAAAUUCAUGUUAAAAAUUAGUUUUGGGUGAGGAAGCUUCAUAUAUAGUCCUGGUUAUACCUUAAGGGCAACACUGCAAAAUUGUAUUUUCUCUGGCCUCUUCCUUGUGGCAAAUCGUUGUAUAGUUUUGCUAGACUAUGUUGCUUGAAAGUUUCCAUUGAGGAGUUGUUAUUUUUUUGAAAGGGCUGUUAACAUUAUUAUUUAUAUGCGUUCUCCACAUAUGUGACUGCUAUGUAAGAUAGUAUAAGUACCAUCUCAAAGUCUUCAAUAUAAAGAUACUUGCAAUGAAUGUAAAUCUGCAGUACUGAGAGUGGAUGGUAAAGCAACAUCAUUGUCAUAAAUAGCGAGAAUUAAUGGAGAGCCAUAGAAGUGUUAACACUUGUGUAAUCACUGGAACGCACAGAAACAUUUUUAUGCAAGUCGAUUGUGGAUGCUGGUUUUGAGGAUUCUGAUAUAUAAAAAAGUUGUUGAGAAACUUGUUUGAUUCACUAGCUGUUUGGACAGAAACAAAGAUUUUUUUCUUGUUUGUUGCAAUGUAUUGCAUCUAUUAACUAAGAUGGGUAGUUGAAUUUUGUAUAUAUUUAUAUAUAUAUAAGAAGAAUCUAUAGUUCUCUCCAACUCGUUCAUGUAGUUAAGUGACUUCACCUUGAAAGGUGGUUGUGUUUUCUAUAACGGACUCAGAAUGAACUUCUUUCUCUACUCUGACAGCAGAAAGUGAAGAGACAUGUCUGAGCAAAGCUUGUUGGCAGUGGUGCUGUGGUGUACUCACAUAACCAUGCACUCUCAUACUUUCAGUUGGGGACUGUCCCUUUCAUUCCAGCAGUAGCUCUUUUUUUCCCCUGUAGAAUAUAGAUUGACUCAAAUAGACAUUAGAAACUAAAAAUCCAAGAGUAGACAUUCUUUCAGGUUACUUUACAGAUUCAUCCUUGUCCAAGAGAAUAUGUAUUUUUAAUGAUUAAGUCUAGCAAACAUUUUCCAACCAGAACUUUGAGGUUCGAUGGCUAGAUGUUUGCCUUUCCAGCUUUUCAUGUAAAACUUCCUCUGUUCUAGCUAAUAUAUUUUUGCAUCUGCCACAUCCUCCUAAUGUCACCUUUUCCCUAUGGUGUUACCAUCUUAUGUUCCUUUUAGACAGAUGCAUUGAAAUUAUGAAUACCUGAAAUGUAUUAACUCUUCUUUCUAAUGUUGUGAUCCUCCUUUUUAUGUAAAACUAGUCUUUUGUUAAGGCCAUGUCUUCAAUAGCAAGUGGCGUGGUGCAGUAGGAGCAGAUUUCUAGAAGAAAAGACUGAGGGCCUGAAGUUCAUCCUAUAUACGUUUUAAGAGGUUUUACUUUGGAGUAGCUCUAGUUUGGUCCUGUGGAUAGAAUCUCUGUUAGCAACUGGAAUGCACCAGUUGUGCUCCAAAAGCUCAUCGUUCGGUUUAGGUUAGUUUGAAAGGAAUCAGAUUUGCACACUUCAAGACCAGUCCUUGAUGCAAACCAAUACCAUGGAAUUAAAGAGAGAAAGCAAUGCAUCUGUGGGAGAAAACCAUGGUUCAGAUGGCCCAGCUCUAUUGAUGGAUUAAUUCCUAUGCCAAGGUGACUUCAACUAGCUAGUGUGUUUCAGAAGGAGAUCUUCAGUUCUUGUUUUCAGGUGCUAUGGACGACACAGAAAAAGUGGAUAACAACUCUUGUAAUGAUGGGGUUCUACUCAGAAUGGGCCUCAAUGAUAACAAAGCUGGAAUGCAAGGUUUGGAUAAAGAGAAAAUCAAUAAAAUCAUCAUGGAGGCUACCAAGGGUUCCAGAUUUUAUGAAAACGAACUUAAAAAAGAUAAGCAAGUUAACCAACGAAUUGAAAAAAUGAUGCAGCUAAAAGAGAAGAUUACGAGCCAACAGCUCUUGAAAGCACAGCUGCAGGUGGACAAACUUGUGAUGGAACUGGAACAGAGCCGUAACCUUAGCUGUACUAUUGUACACAUUGACAUGGAUGCCUUCUAUGCAGCUGUAGAAAUGCGAGACAAUCCAGAGCUAAAGGAAAAACCUAUAGCAGUGGGAUCAAUGAGUAUGUUGUCCACCUCAAAUUACCAUGCUAGGAGAUUUGGUGUACGUGCAGCCAUGCCUGGGUUUAUUGCUAAGAAGCUAUGCCCACAUCUAACUAUAGUGCCAUUAAACUUUGAAAAAUAUGGCAAAGUGAGUAAAGAGGUUAGAGAAAUUUUGGCUGAAUAUGAUCCCAAUUUUAUGCCUAUGGGCCUAGAUGAAGCCUAUCUGAAUAUAACAGAGUACUUGGAGGAAAGACUGAACUGGCCUGAAGAUAAUAGAAGGUACUUCUUCAACACAGAAAGCACUACAGAAAAUGGUAAACAGGAUAUAAAUAUGUCUGCCAAAUUCAGUUUAAACGAAGAUGCAUUCUCUUCUUCACCACUACUGUUUGAAGACAACACAUCUCUGACAGAUGACCACCCUGAACAAAGAGGUCCGUCAGCGGUGAAUUCGGUUGUCUUUGGAAAUUCUGCAGAGGAAGUCGUGAAGGAAAUUCGCUUUAGGAUUGAACAGAAAACUAGACUGACUGCUAGUGCAGGAAUAGCUCCAAAUACAAUGUUAGCAAAGAUGUGCAGUGAUCAUAAUAAACCUAAUGGGCAAUACAGAAUUACACCUGAGAGACAAGCCGUGCUAGACUUCGUGAAAGAUUUGCCCAUUAGGAAGGUGCCAGGUAUAGGAAAAGUAACAGAGAAGAUGUUAAAAGCCCUUGGAAUUGUGACUUGCUCAGAACUUUACCAGCAGAGGGCACUGCUUUCUCUUCUUUUUUCUGAAACAUCUUGGCAUAAUUUCUUGGGUGUCUCACUUGGUUUGGGCUCAACACAUUUGGAAAAGGAUGGAGAAAGAAAAAGUAUGAGCACUGAAAGAACAUUCAGUGAAAUUAACAUAGCAGAAGAUCAGUACAGCUUGUGUCGAGAACUUUGUAGAGACCUGGCUCAAGAGUUACAGAAAGAGGGACUUAAGGGUAAAACUGUUACCCUGAAGCUGAAGAAUGUGAAUUUUGAAGUAAAAACAAGAGCUUCAACUGUGCCAUCUUCUGUUUCUACUGAGGAGGAAAUAUUUGCUGUCGCUAAAGACUUGUUAGGAACAGAAAUUGAUACUGUUUCUCCUCAUCCUUUACGGAUAAGACUUAUGGGUGUACGAGUAUCGGGAUUUCUAAGUGAAGAAGAGAAGAAAUACCAACAAAAAAGCAUUAAAAGUUUUCUAAAAUCAGGAAAAGAUAUCAGUUUUCUUAAGCUUGGGCCAGGGAAAUCCAACCAAGAAUACUGCACAGAAAAUUCAGAAGCAACUCCCAGAGGGAGUUUUUUUGAUAAAAAGCGAGCUGCAAGGCAACAAAACAGUGAGGAUCUUCUUCUAAAUGAAACAGUAGAUAAGCAGCUCUUUUGUGAUAGGAAAUCAUCCACAAAUUUUGUGGAAGAAACGGACGAAGUCACAGCCAUACAGAAUUCUACUGUGUGUAAGAUCUUCACCUGCCCUGUUUGUUUUGAGGAGCAAAGAAGCAGUAAUUUGGAAGAGCUUAACAGACAUAUUGAUGAGUGUCUUGCUGGGGGUCUUGUUAAAGAUACUGUAGAAAUAUCAAAGAAUGAGAAUUCAAAAGAAAAUACAUUUAACUUUUUUCCAUACUGUAAAAAUGAAAAUGUUGAGGUAUGUCAGAACAAUAAAACAGAUCAGUUGGCAGGUACAUGCCAGUCAGCAAGUACAUCUGGCAACUCUGCUAGCAAUAGCACAGAAAAAUUAUCUCAGAUAGUAGUUGAUAAACCUCGUGAAGAAAGACAGCCUAGCCAGCUCAGUGUUAUGGCUAGAAAUGUGUGUAUAAAACAGUGUCUUCUUCCCAAAAGAAUUCCUCUGGAGAGUACAGACCAUCCUGAAAAGACUGAGAAUACAGAAGAAACUAGUUCAUCCUGUUUCUUUGAAGCCAAAGAAGACAAUGUUCUUGUUUGUCCAGUUUGUAAUUUAGAGCAGAAAACCACUAGUCUUAUGUCAUUUAAUAGACAUGUGGAUAUCUGCUUAAAUAAAGGCAUUAUCCAGGAGCUGACAGAAAAAAAUGAUUGUCCUACUAAGACUUACGAUACAGAAGAUUCAAACAGAGUUGGAAGUUUAAGUAGAGGACAACAGUGUACAAAUCCAUCACAAGGAGCAAAAAGGUCUGGACUUGCAACUUCACAGUCAGUAUCAAAAAAGGCCAAGUCAAGCAAUUCCAAGCAUACAAUUGAAAUGUUUUUUAAAUGACUAUAUAGCAAUGUAUGAAGUAUUUCAUAAUGUUUCAUGACUGCAAAUUAACUUAGCAUCAGUGGUAGGCUUGAGUCAGAUGACUGUCUCUUCGAAGUCAUUGCACGAUUGUAUAAAAAGAUGAUGAUUGAGGUAGAAGACAACUGAGGUCAUCUAAUUUUUUUGAGAAUAAUACAAUUUUCUCAGUUGUUUCUGAGAAAAUUUGCUAGCACUUAGUUUUUGUUUGUUUACAUUGAAAAUGUGAAACUCCUUUGUUGGAGUCACCAGCAGUCUCAUGGGUUGUCUCUGGUGUUCGACAGACAGAGCAGGGAGGUUAGAGCUGCCUCUGAGCAAGCUGGCAGGGCAACUGCCUGAGCAAGCAGGCAUCGUUAGCUAGGGUGCCAGGCUGGGCUCACGUGAGGGCCCUCAUCGCAGACCCGUGCUAGCAUCUCUGCCAGGCCUGGUGCUGUGUUGCAUGUGACAGAUGUACUGACUCUGGCUUGUGCUUUCUCUGGCAAUUCAGCACCAAACCGAAUUGUGGUAUCAGCUGUGUUAUAGUAAAGGAGAGGUGGGUUUCCUGAUUUCAGUUCUUAUGAACAUUUGUUACCUCAGUUGAGACAAAAAUGGUCGGCCUUGCAGUUUCAGAGGAAAAAAGCAAGAAUUCAGAGCUCAGGCAAGUUUCCGCUGUAGUCCCUGGAAAUUAUUUCAAUUAGAGGUGAUGCGCCAACCCUGACAGGCUCAGUCUUAUGAGAUACAAAAUGAUUUCAGGGAUUUAAAAAAAAUGUAAUAAACCUGUUGAUGAGAAAAUGAUGCCUCUACGUUAGUCAGAUGUACACUGUUUGAUCCUUGGCCUUUCAAAAGAGACAGAGAACUUUGGGUUUCUUUGGAACUGUCAAGUCGAUACCUUUCAGUGGCAGUAAAUUCACUCUAGAAAGUCUUAUAGUGUACUAAUAAUAUGAAUGACAUGUAAAUAUUCAUGAUGCUGAAAUGAAGCAACUUUCUUAUUAUUACUCAUAUUUCUCUUUGAAAAGUGUUUUGUAUUUUUUAAUAAACUCUAUUUUAUAAGUACGUGUGUGGAAGGGGAAAGCUGUGAAGUGCAAAUAUUUAAACUAUUCUGUUAAGAUAUUUUCCUCUUCACACCAGAUUGCUUAUUUGUAGAUAUUUUAUUAUAAUUAAAUAAUAUUUAUCAAGCAAAUAAUUUAUGAUGGUAGCAUACUUCUUAAAGUUAUACAAACAAUGACGAGCCCUUGACAAAAUAUGAAGUGAUUUUUAAAUUGCAUAGUCUUUAAGGAAAUGGUGGUGAUAAAAGCAUCUGUUUUGUUGCUUAACUGUAUUGGGAUUACUCUGUGUUUUUGAUUUUUCUGUUUUUUGGGGGUUUUUCUUUUUUCCCUUUCCAAACAAAUAUGUACGUGAUCUGUUCUGGAUGCUCUGGUUAGGUCCAGAAUCUGCUUCUUCACUUCCCAAUUUGCUGGAAUGAUUUAAAAAUUCACCGUCUCUACCUCCUCAUCUCUACUCAUUUGCCAGAAGCCGCUAUGCCCACAGCUCUGUCAUUUGAAUUCAUGUCAGUGCUCCCUAAUCUGCUUUGGACCAAAUCAGCUGGACUGGUUCAGGCUGCUGUGUAAGCUAGCUCAGUUGACUUUGUCUAAAGCAGGUCAGUGAGCAUUCAGCAUGUGCUGUCCUGCUGAUGGAGCUGGGGGAUGGCAACUUUUGGUUGGAGAGACAUAAAAGCAACUGGGGGAGCAAUAGCUUAAGUUGCCACUGCUGUUUAGAAAGUGAACAUCUGUCCCAUAAUUAGCCUACAUCUGUCUGUAUGCUGUCUCUUAAGUCAUUAUUUGACUGUUACACUAGAUGCUGGGCUGUACCUCACUGUCACAUGAUAACGUCUGAUUCAUUAAACAUGUAAAAUGUGAUUAUUA